AACAGAACUCUCUCUCUCUCUCUCUCUCUCUCUCUCUCUCUCUCUGCUUUGAUUACAAAGGCAUCGAAAUCUAUCUUUGUGACUGAUGGCAGUUGUUAGGCCUCUAACAUCCAGGCUCCCAACAUUCUCUCCCUUCUUACAAACUCCAUGCCCAACCACCUCCUCCAAAAGACGGUGCUGUGUGAGGGCUAAUAGCUCAGAUAGUGAAGGGAAGGUGGUGAUUAGGAAGGAGAAGGGCGGUUGGAAGAUUGAUUUCUCAGGAGAGAAGCCUGCCACUCCCUUGUUGGAUACAAUCAAUUUCCCAAUCCAUAUGAAGAAUCUUUCAGUACAGGAUCUUGAACAGUUAGCAGCGGAGAUGAGAGCAGAUAUUGUGCAUACAGUAUCAAAGACAGGUGGGCAUUUGAGCUCAAGCCUAGGAGUGGUGGAGCUUUCUAUAGCCCUACAUUAUGUAUUCAAUGCCCCUGAUGAUAAGAUCAUUUGGGAUGUGGGCCAUCAGGCAUACCCACAUAAGAUUUUGACUGGCAGAAGGUCUAAAAUGCACACCAUUAGAAAGACAUCAGGGCUUGCAGGAUUUCCCAAAAGGGAUGAGAGCAUUUAUGAUGCUUUUGGUGCAGGACACAGCUCUACAAGUAUAUCUGCUGGUCUUGGAAUGGCAGUUGCUAGAGAUCUUCUGGGGAAGAACAACCAUGUCAUCUCUGUGAUUGGAGAUGGGGCCAUGACAGCAGGACAGGCCUACGAGGCCAUGAACAACUCUGGCUACCUCGAUGCCAACCUGAUCGUCGUAUUGAAUGACAACAAGCAAGUAUCUCUACCAACUGCCACACUUGAUGGCCCUGCAACUCCUGUCGGAGCUCUCAGCAGCACUCUCACCAAGCUCCAAGCCAGCACCGAAUUCCGUAAACUCCGGGAAGCAGCAAAGAGCAUUACAAAGCAGAUUGGACGGAAGACUCAUGAGGUCGCAGCUAAGGUGGAUGAAUACGCAAGGGGGAUGAUUAGCGCUUCUGGGUCAUGUCUGUUUGAGGAGCUUGGGUUGUAUUACAUUGGUCCUGUGGAUGGGCACAAUGUCGAAGAUCUAGUCACGAUAUUCGAAAAGGUGAAGGCAAUGCCUGCCCCGGGGCCUGUCUUAAUCCACAUUGUCACAGAGAAAGGAAAGGGAUAUCCUCCUGCAGAAGCUGCAGCUGACAAAAUGCAUGGGGUUGUGAAGUUCAACCCAGAAUCCGGGAAGCAAUUCAAACCGAAAUCCUCCACUCUUUCCUACACUCAGUACUUCGCCGAGUCUCUUAUAAAGGAAGCGGAGAUGGACAGCAAGAUUGUAGCCAUCCAUGCUGCGAUGGGUGGUGGGACAGGCCUUAAUUACUUCCAAAAAAAGUUUCCUGACCGUUGCUUCGAUGUGGGCAUUGCUGAGCAACAUGCUGUCACGUUCGCGGCUGGUCUAGCCACAGAGGGCCUGAAGCCUUUCUGUGCCAUCUACUCAUCGUUUCUCCAACGAGGCUAUGAUCAGGUGGUACAUGAUGUGGAUCUUCAAAGACUACCCGUACGAUUUGCAGUGGACCGAGCUGGUCUGGUUGGAGCAGAUGGGCCAACUCACUGUGGGGCCUUUGACAUCACAUACAUGGCCUGCUUGCCAAACAUGAUUGUAAUGGCUCCCUCCGAUGAAGCUGAGUUGAUGCACAUGGUUGCCACAGCAGCAGCCAUCAAUGACCGGCCUAGCUGCUUCAGGUUCCCCAGAGGUAAUGGGAUCGGAGCCACGCUUCCUCCUAAUAACAAAGGCACCCCGUUAGAGAUUGGAAAGGGAAGAAUUCUGAUGGAAGGCAACAGAGUCGCUAUUCUUGGAUUUGGUUCAAUAGUUCAGAAGUGUGUUGAAGCUGCCAAUGUGCUGAAAUCCUAUGAUAUAUCUGUGACACUCGCGGACGCUCGCUUCUGCAAGCCUCUUGAUGUAGAACUCAUUAGAAAACUGGCAAAUGAGCAUGAGAUCUUAAUUACAGCAGAGGAAGGAUCUAUUGGUGGAUUUGGGUCUCAUGUUUCUCAUUUUCUAAGCCUGAAUGGCCUUCUAGAUGGAAAUCUCAAGCUGAGAUCAAUGGUGCUUCCAGACAGAUACAUUGACCAUGGUUCUCCCCAAGACCAGAUGGAAGCAGCAGGCCUGUCUUCAAGGCACAUUGCUGCAACAGUAAUGUCUCUCUUAGGUAGGCCCAAGGAAGCUCUUCAGUUCAAGUGAUCCAGUCCAAAUCGUAUUUACGAAUACAGGAAAUAGAAUGCAGUAUCCAGACUGUAAAAUCCAUUCAUCUGUUUUUUAGUCACCUUCCUCUUUGAAGGCUCUGUGUUUUUUGCUUUUUGGGAAAAAAAAUGGAGUUUGGGGUAGGAAACCAAAACAGGCAGUGGGAACCUGGGUAUUGGAAAAUGAUUAAACUAAAACAAUACCCGAUUGAUUGAUAAUAUAUAUGUUCCUUUCCCAACUAAGAUGUUAUAAAAAAUAGAUGGGUUUGUUUGGUUGGGAAGGAUCAAAAUGGGGGUUUGUUUGUAAUCUUGUAGAUUCUCUGUUGUCUUAUUGUAAUGGUCCUUGUGUAAGACAUGAAAUCUUAUAGAAAAAUCAAUGCAUUUGAACUUUAA